ACCCCCCGUGUGUGUGUGUGUGUGAUCCAGAAUGGAAGGCAAUCCAAUAGACAACCUUCCCUUGCCCUAAUGCCUCCUCCCUUCCUCAAACAAUUGACCAUCCUCAGAUAACUAGGUCGACAAACAUGGAGCAGGUGCCUCUUGUUGCCAGUGGCUCAAAGGCCACCACGACUCCCUUCUACAUCGCCUUAGAUCACAGAGCCUCCACAUCAUCUUCACCGCCGCCAUCUGCAGCCUCAGAUCCUUCUAGGCAGUCCAACAACGAGAUGGGAUCAGAAAUAAUCAAAGCGAAGAUCAUGUCGCACCCUCUCUAUCCGGCUCUCCUGAGAGCCUUCAUAGAGUGCCGGAAGGUCGGAGCGCCGCCGGAGGUUGUUGGUCGGCUUUCCGCCCUCGCCAGUGAGGUCGAGAUGAAUUCAGACGAAAGGCAAGAACAACCAGCAGACCCAGAGCUGGAUCAGUUCAUGGAGAUCUACUGCCAUAUGUUGGAAAGAUCCAGACAGGAGCUCACAAGACCAAUUCAAGAGGCCGACGAAUUCUUCAAAAGCAUGGAGGCCCAGAUCGACUCGUUUGCGCUAGAUGACAACAGCUACGAAGGAGGCGGUUCCUCCGACGAAGAUGAGCAAGAAACAGGCGACACGGCCGGGCUGCCGUUGCCGGAGAUCGGCAGCCCGUGCGGAGAAGACAAGGAGCUGAAGAACCGGCUCCUGAACAAGUACAGCGGCUACCUGAGCAGCCUCUGGAGGGAGCUCUCGAGGAAGAAGAAGAAAGGCAAGCUGCCGAGGGACGCGCGCCAGAAGCUCCUGCACUGGUGGCAGCUGCACUACAGAUGGCCCUACCCAUCGGAGCUGGAGAAGGCGGCGCUGGCGGAGUCGACGGGUCUCGACGCGAAGCAGAUCAACAACUGGUUCAUCAACCAGCGGAAGCGGCACUGGAAGCCAGCGCCGCCGCCGGCGCUAGCCAUGGACUACAGGCUGCACCCGCACGGCGGCGCUUCGAGCCGCUCGGAUUCCGCUGCUUUCCGCGUGGAGGGGCGGUACUUCACCGGAGGAAGCCCGUAUCCCCGUGGUCCGUGAUCGACGUCUGCAUGCAUGGCGCCGGCCGUGCAAUGCCUGUGUGGAUGUUUGCCGUACAUGCAUAUAUACGUGCUUUGGGUAUACACAUGGUGUGAGUGUGGAUGUGGUGUGUGCCUAUAUAUACACAUACAGCACUUUGAUGAUCUCCUUACUCGGUAUACAUAGCUAAUGUCAAAGCUAAAGUGUAACCUUAAUUGUAUUUCACUAACAUGAGAUAAGUUUUUUUUAUUCCAAAUACAUGAGAUAAGUUUGCUGC